ACCCAAUGUUAAAGCUUAAUGCUUAUCGAUAAAUUGCAAUUGAAUUCAAACAUCGAACAAGGGGCGCUUCACACCAUUGCCGCUGCCGUUUAAGGUGGCCAUGCCAGAAGCUUCCAGUCGGAUGGCAACGCCGACGCUAAUAAAGCUAUUGUCAAAGUUGCCCAAAGCUAAAUCCAAAAUACAUACAUACAGCAAAAGCAGAAGCAAAAGUUAAGUUGCUGGUGCUGCCCACCAGUGGGCAAUUAAAUACCCAUUCAAGAGGCAGCAGUUGCAUAUGCAUUUGCAAAAGUCAGUCAACAUGUCUACGGCAGCAGCAGCACCGUCUGCCCCAGCAAUCUCUUGCGGGCUGGGCAAGCAGCAACGCCGUCGUUUGGCUGCCUUCGAUUUUGAUCAUACAAUUGUAUCCCAAAAUACGGACACAGUGGUACGCGACAUGCUGCCAAAUGAGCUGAUUAGCUCCAAAGCGCUCACUGAUCUAAUGGAAAGCGAAUGCUGGACAGAGUAUAUGGCCGAGAUAUUUCGUUUGUUGCAUGCGCAACAAGUCCAGGAGUCACGGAUUCGCGAUGUUAUACGCUGUAUACCGGAGGUACCUGGAUUCGUGCGUUUGAUCAAGCAUUUGCAGAAGCGUCUCAACUUCGAUUUGAUUAUCAUUAGCGAUUCAAAUAGCGUCUUCAUUGAUGAAUGGCUGCGCGCACACAAUUUGUCCGAUAGCUUCAAGGCGAUCUUUACGAAUCCCGCUAAUUUCGAUGAGCAUGGCCAGCUCCAGGUGCGUCCGCAUCAUCAGCAAACCGAUUGCAAAUUAAGUGCCAGUAAUUUGUGCAAAGGCCGUGUGCUGGAGCAUUUUGUCAUUGAGCAGGAUCUGCGCUUCAAUAUACGCUACGAUCAUGUCUUUUACGUUGGUGAUGGCAACAACGAUAUUUGUCCCGUUUUGAGGCAGCGCGCCUGCGACUUUGCUUGCGCCCGUCAAGGUUUCGCCAUGGAGAAGCAUCUUAUAAAGAAUCGCAAUAAGUUGAAGUUGCGCGCUCAGUUGCUCAUCUGGCGAAAUGGUUUCGAUUUGCUCGAGCAAAUGUGCGCAUUGCCACAGCUCCAGGGACACUCAAUUGAAUCCCAUAAUUUGGAAACGGAGAUUGCCAGACGUGCAUCUACUGCAGCAACAGCUGCUUCGUCUGCUCCACCGGAACAGUAAAAUGUCUAACAAAUAUAAUACACCCAUACACAAACAUACACAUACACACACAC